AUUCAUUUGUUAGCAGAUUGUGGCUCAGUGGUAAAUAAUACUUUGAAAAGCCCUGGUUUACCAAAUGACUAUCCAAGCAACAUGGAUUGUGUAUACAGGGUUUCCAUUCCACCAGACAUGGCGUUGAAAAUCAUCUUCCUUUACUUCCGUUUACAGUAUCCCGGUUAUGGAGGAAGAUGGUAAGCAUUUAAUAAUAAUAAGCAUUUAAGCAAAAAUAAGAAAGCGCAUCGCCAAUUAGUACAUCUAGAAACUCUGACAAGCAAAUUUUCACUAAUUUUAUAUAAAUAAUAACCAAGCGCGUAGCACUAGAACAUUAUUAUCUUCCAAAAAAGCAACCUUCAAGGGGCUGUGUCACAUUAACUGCUGUUUUUUUAAAAAAGCGAUAUCUUUUUUCGUAUCAAUCGACUUCCAAAAAUAAUAGUCCAUUUUUUGUUAUUCAAGACCAUAUUCAGGCACUGAAAUUGUUUCCCGUCGUCUGCUAUAAUGGAUUGAAAGAAUGGACAUGUUUUGGUUUUUCAAGUAUUAAUGCUAUGCCUUCCAAAAUGGCCAAAAAAAUAUAUAUUAUGGAUAGUGCAUUCUAAUGAAAUUUGUUUGAUAUCUGUCUCAUAACUCUAAAGCAGCAUUUUGUGUAAUGGUAAAGGCACUAAGUAAUGACUUGAGCACACAGUUGACCUGAAACAGCAAUAUCAUCAUGACACAGAUCCUUUAGCAAUAGGUACAGUUUGAAAUGUUUUCACGGGCAAAAAAUGUUAGAACCGAAUGAUCGCUAAUCCCUUGCCGCACUAGUAAGAACGUAAGUAAGUAAUCGGUUUAAUAACAGCGUUUCCACAUUGUGAAUCUUCGUCUGUUACUUAUAACUAAAAAAAAUUAAAUAUGUAUCAAGUAUUUACAAUAAGAAUAUACUAUAAAAAAAUAGAACAGAUAACGAUUGAAAGGGAAAGUAUUUGCAAUGAUCGUAUGAAUAAAGCUUAAAAUACAAUUCAGUUAAGCUGGCCUGUGCAACAGCGGGAUCUUUGUCUUUUUCUUCCGACGAAAUGAGAUAAAAGAAAAUUACAUUGUUUUAAUGAGAAAGUAUGGUCGAAACAAGAUGAAGAUAAAGAACAUCAGUUGUCUUUAAGGUACUGUAUUUCUUCUUUUUUUUUUUAGCUUUUGAACAACUACAUGUAAAACUUGUUUAACUGAUAAUUUUAUGAUUCAAAGGGCCUUUUUAAAACAAAAACCAGGGGUUCACUCUACAGCGACUGCAAACGAAAGAACAAGCUUUAUUUUAUGCAGACAAUAUUCUUUAGCUAAAUGUUCUGUCUUUAAAACGGGAACUUCCACAUACUAUAAGCGUCCCCGGCUAAGGGAAUGAGGAUUACAAAAAUCGUUCGACAAAAGUUUAUUUGUUUAAUUUCCAGGCAAGGAGCGAAACAGAAGCUAACAUAGAACCUGUUUGGUUUCACUUAAAAAGUUACUGUCCGAAGCAAAUCAAGUAAAUUCUGUCGUUUUCGAAUUUGACAAGUCCUCAAAGCAAGGUCUCAAAUAAAAAUAUGCUAACACUUUUUAUUUUCUUUACCAAAUUCAUUGAAGGUUAUUUUUUCUUUUGCAAUGCGUUGCUUUUUGUUGCACCAUCUGUUGUUGAUGAACACAUGUACCAGAUGUCACCUUGCACAUGUAUUGAUCUUAAAAUACUUUUCUUGCAUGGCUUGCACUGCCUCUGUCAAACGGCACUCUAAAUCAUGUAAAUAGUGUAACUAGUACAAAUAGUUUAAUUCAGCGACGAUGCUGUACUAAAGGAUAUUAAAUGUGCCAUUUUGCCAUUGUAUAUUGAGCAGUGCAAUUGAAGUACAUACGUGCCGUAUGGGGAGCCAUGAAGUGUCCACCGCCACCUUGAGGAGAGUCAGAGGCAAGAAUCGCCUCCCGCAGUCAAAAUUGUCAAGGUGUGAGGUUUCACGGCGUGCUCAAAUUCAAGUAGAAAAAAUGGCCCAAGACUACUAUGAAGAAAUCAUGCCCACCCCCUGCUAAGAAUUCCGAUUUCGUGGAACCAUUUACGAACACUCCCAAACGUGGUCUUUCAUUAUUAAUUUCAUAGGUGACAAAUUACUCCUUAAUUUUGGCGCGAAAUUUCAGCCUUAAUUCAUAUUUUCACAUGUAAAAUUACAAAAUUGCCAUGGCAGCGUCCAUGCGUCUCAGUGCCGAGAUGGCGUCAAGGUUUUGAAAUGUUAUGAAUGAAGAUGUCAGAGCAUUAAAAGACGCAUUAAAAAAUGUAAACCAUUUGCGGUCGAUGCAGCCAAUUAAGUUCACUGUUACAGCGUUCAUUCCCUGAGGACAUGGGAGUAACCAAUAGGCGACCCAGUUGAGAUUCUGAACCGAUUUCUCGCGUGGAAAUGAGGUUGCUUGUUUGUGUGACCAGAGGUCCGUCUCGGGAGCUUUAUAAAACUGUAAGCACGGUUUAUUUCACAUUAGGUAUUUUGAGAAAGGACCUCUAGAGCCGGGGUAGUAUGUUGCCGAAAAAUUCUGAAAAUUCUGAGCAUAAACUUUUAAGUGCGUGGAGUUCUCGACCGAUACAAAAAAUGGUAAACAUGUCACAAGGCGAAGAUUGUGAUCGUAAAUUGUCAAGGCAUCGGACGUCGAUUUUCGGAAAAUAUCUGUUCGGAAGACGAUUUGAGAUCUAGAAUUUUCGUAACACUUUUUGUAAUUUUUCGUGCUUGCCUAACUCUCCUAGGGUUUUCGAACAUCUAAAAAAUGGUAUAAUUGCCCAUUUUUAACGGAUUUUUACCCUAAAAAGGUCACCUAGGAUUUUCAGGAGCCUUGUUUCUGGCUGAAAUUUUCGAAAGGUAAGAUCUGAUCCCUAUAAUUUUCGGAUCACUAGACUUUCAGCUAGGAAAUGCGAACAGAUGAAAAAUUUGCGGGGGAUAAAAAUAUGUCUUUUGCUACCGUUUAAAUACUAAAAUACGUUUAACAAUGCUAUGUUUAAAUGGUUUUGAACUACAUUCUCGUUGGGUGCCCCUGAUUUGUCUUCCAGCAUGUUAAUAGGUAACCAAAUGGUAUACUCGUAAAAUUAGGGGAGAAUUUCAUGAUCACUUGCCUUUUGUCCAAAUCCUUAUAAUUUCCCAACCCUUAUUACAAUUUGGACAGAGCGCGCGUGAAAAUAUUCCCUAAUUUCACUCGUAAGAAUUUAAGUACAAAUACUCAAUUUUUUUUCUUUUCUUUCUUCCUCAGACGCGAUGUUUUAUUUCAAACUUUCCGAAAGCAAAAGAAUUAGCAUUUACACCAAGAAUGUUAUCUUAUGGUAUUUAGCGAUUACGUGGCUGAGCCAUGGAACAGUCAUUGCUACACCAGGUGAAUAAAUCAAAAAGCUAAUAUUGGUAUACUGGCGACAAAGAGUAAUACAGUGCCUAUUACUUUCAGUUUUCCAGUUAGAUUAAAUUUAUGCUUUUUUCAAUUACGCCCCCCUCCCCCAAAAAAAAAUUAUUUUCCAGUUAAUCUAUGAGCACCAGGCUUCGCUCUGAUAACGGGUCAUUUUUCAAAGGCUGGGAUUUCGUAAUUAAAAUACUGAUAUAUACAAAAUACGUACUUAUAUAAAAAAAAAAAACAUUGAAAAUAGUACAGUGUAGAAAAUGAAAAUAAUGUUGUUGCUUGCAUUUAUAUCUAAUAAAUACUAGACCAUUUUUUUAGGGCACUGGAAUAUUUCAUGUCUUUUCUGUGCAAGUUUGGGAGUUUUCCAAAUACUUAUCAACAACUUUCAAACUUUUUACAAUUUGCUGCUUUCAGGGAAAUCGCUACAGCAGAAGUUCGUUACCAAUAAAGGACAUAAAGUACUAAGGUCCUUUUCAAGCGUUUUACAUGUAUGUGAUAUAUGGUAUAGCGUAUGCUCAAUGACGAUUUUUCUAUACUGCAAGGUCAUAUUGAAAUAUAUUUUGCUAUCUUCUUGGCCAUCAGACACAUUUUCGUCAACGUUUCCUGAAUAACCUUUACUCCCAGUGAGUUAGUGGUCUUCGACUUACUUCAGCUUUCCAAGCUUGAUUUGCUAAUGGUCCUGCUAUACAGCAUCUAGUGAGUUUGCCAUAAAUAACAAGAGAGGAAGGUUUCGUUUAUGCGGGCGAUAAUGUUCUAUUCAUUUGUUAGCAGAUUGUGGCUCAGUGGUAAAUAAUACUUUGAAAAGCCCUGGUUUACCAAAUGACUAUCCAAGCAACAUGGAUUGUGUAUACAGGGUUUCCAUUCCACCAGACAUGGCGUUGAAAAUCAUCUUCCUUUACUUCCGUUUACAGUAUCCCGGUUAUGGAGGAAGAUGGUAAGCAUUUAAUAAUAAUAAGCAUUUAAGCAAAAAUAAGAAAGCGCAUCGCCAAUUAGUACAUCUAGAAACUCUGACAAGCAAAUUUUCACUAAUUUUAUAUAAAUAAUAACCAAGCGCGUAGCACUAGAACAUUAUUAUCUUCCAAAAAAGCAACCUUCAAGGGGCUGUGUCACAUUAACUGCUGUUUUUUUAAAAAAGCGAUAUCUUUUUUCGUAUCAAUCGACUUCCAAAAAUAAUAGUCCAUUUUUUGUUAUUCAAGACCAUAUUCAGGCACUGAAAUUGUUUCCCGUCGUCUGCUAUAAUGGAUUGAAAGAAUGGACAUGUUUUGGUUUUUCAAGUAUUAAUGCUAUGCCUUCCAAAAUGGCCAAAAAAAUAUAUAUUAUGGAUAGUGCAUUCUAAUGAAAUUUGUUUGAUAUCUGUCUCAUAACUCUAAAGCAGCAUUUUGUGUAAUGGUAAAGGCACUAAGUAAUGACUUGAGCACACAGUUGACCUGAAACAGCAAUAUCAUCAUGACACAGAUCCUUUAGCAAUAGGUACAGUUUGAAAUGUUUUCACGGGCAAAAAAUGUUAGAACCGAAUGAUCGCUAAUCCCUUGCCGCACUAGUAAGAACGUAAGUAAGUAAUCGGUUUAAUAACAGCGUUUCCACAUUGUGAAUCUUCGUCUGUUACUUAUAACUAAAAAAAAUUAAAUAUGUAUCAAGUAUUUACAAUAAGAAUAUACUAUAAAAAAAUAGAACAGAUAACGAUUGAAAGGGAAAGUAUUUGCAAUGAUCGUAUGAAUAAAGCUUAAAAUACAAUUCAGUUAAGCUGGCCUGUGCCCGGUUCUUUAAAAUGCGUGAACUAAAUAGAUUAAAAUCGUCACAUUUCUUAAUAUUAUCAGGAAGAUUAUUAAAAGGACAGCCGUAGUCUGGAAGGUUCCUUUUUCCAGAGGAACUUGUAAUCUUUUACAGCCCGAGGAGCGCAAAAGUCUACAUAUAAAUACUCUCUCUAAGUUUAAAUAUGAAGGCCACUGCUUAGUGUGAAGUGCUUUAAAAGUCAACUUAAGCAAAUUAAAGUCCCUUCCCUUCACUAGUGAUCUUGAACUCACGGCUUGUGAUCCCUGAAACCGCUGCUGUGAUCCCUGUUCCCAUCCCCCCAUUUAUGCCAUUGAUCCCGACAGCACAAACCUCGUUUCUCUAGUAAGGCAUUACAAGCGCUCUCUGUAUGGAAACGCCCAAAUUGCAAUGUUGGCGGGUUUUCAGCGAUGAUAUGCCUAUCAGCAAAUGCUGUGAAUUCGUAUAAAAGGAACCGAGGGAUAUUCCAUAUAAUAUUUUAUACUAUUAUUUUCAUUAAUUGGAAUUGACGUAACGGAAAACAAAUUUUAUUUCAACUGAGUCCAGAGAUAAAACAAAUGCUCGUAGGAUAUAGGAAUCCUAUCGAAAAAGCAACGGUUUUGGAACGAUGGACCAGUGUGCAAGGCAAAAAACUAAAUGGGAUCAGAGGUGAAAAGACGUACCGGUAACUCUUUUCGAUGCCUAUCCAAUUGCUAUUAAUCGCAAACCAUUUUUCACAAAAUGUUUGAAUCCAGGCCGGAUCAUAUCCUUAGAGUAACGAAGAUUCCAAUAUAAUCCUUACCUCAUAACGUUAUUCAUGCAAAAACUUCAAUGAAAUCCAUAAGUUUGCUGAGUAGAGGUAACAUACUGUAUGAUACUCCUUGCAGCAACGAUUAUCUGGAAAUUGCAAAUGAGAACAGCGUGGCAGUUGGUAAAUACUGUGGUUGGCAUACCAAUAAAGUCAUUUAUAUAGGUGGAAACGAAGCAGUAUUGACAUUCCAUUCUGAUAGUUCUUCUGAAACAAGAGGAUUUUAUCUCUUCCUCACAUUAACUCAACCGUGUAAGUGUAACGAUAUGUCGACUUCACUAUCUUUGAUUCCAUAUUGGAAACAACUGUAAAAUAAAAAUCCAAUUCUUUCUUUGCGAAAAGACCUUUGGAAAAUAGAGAUACGUUGACUUUUGAGUAACAGCUGGAGUUAAUUCCCCUUCUUGUUGGUACUUAGGCACACAAAAACUCAAAGGCAUACCCAUAUCGAUCAACUCACUCGGAGAUUCGCCGAGCCAAACGGCCAAAACUCUCAAGUCCUCAUUAGCCUAGCUUUCGCCCGACUAGAUCAAAGACGACCGAGUGAUCCUCCAUAUUUGCAUUUUGUUUAUGAAAGGAAAAUUGUCACACAAUUGUAGAAUUAAAUUGUCCAUUCUCAUCAGUUUUGUUAAUCAUUAUCAUCAUCGUUAUCGUUAUCAUUAUCAUUUUCUUUAUUAUUAUUAUUAUUAUUAUUAUUAUUAUUAUUAUUAUUAUUAUUAUUAUUAUUAUUAUUAUUAUUAUUAUCAUUAUUAUCAUCAUUUAUGCCUUUUACAGCUCUGCCAAACAUAAAUAUGCCGGUUCCAGGCACAGUUGUUCGCCCAUUCUCAGGUCACAUAAUAAGUAUGUGUGCAGCAACAGGAACUCCCCCAGUAUUCGUAGCAAUAGUGUGGAACUCUACAGUUCUGGCCAAUAAAACCAAUAGUGUAGACAUCAGACUGUAUGAGAAUGGAAUCUACUAUUGCGUGGCUAGUAACCACUAUGGAACAGACACAAGAGUUAUUCCCGUCGUUGUCACAGGUUAGAGAAAAUAAGCAGUAAGGGUAAAUUACUAUCUAUCAUCUCUUAGUCGAGAGUGUAAGCAAACCUUUUUCAACAACAACGAUUGAUUACACAUUCUAGUAGAUACAUUUGACAAAAUUAAACAAUACAAAUAAACAAAGGAAAAGAUUUCACACAACCGGUGCUAGCAUUAGCUAGUUGACGCGGAAGGUGAAAUGGAGAACAAAAUUUAUGCAUUUUCAACACUUAACCAAUAGAAAAUGUUUUCCGUGUUUACAUAGCCUGAUACAGACAUGAGAGGGGUUGGGGGAAUUCGAGACAGUUAUGCAAAUCCCAGACGAAGUCGAGGCUUUGCAUAGCUGUCAAGAAACGUUUCGUAUUGCUUUUAUGAAUUAAAUUUCCCGAGACUAAAAACCACAAAAAUCUUUGUUAUGGCACUGGUUAAAAGAGAAAUUCUCGCCAGUCGCGAAGUCUUGUACACGACGUUUUGCCCGCGUAAGCAGUUCUUAUUUUGCAAAAGAGAUGCUUUCAAAAUUUCGAUUUUUUCUCACUUAAAAUGUCAGCUUAAGCGAAACAAAAACUGACAUAUCAUGUUUGUAAAGAUUUUCCAAGUUUCAGCUGACGAGGGAAUGGGUAAAUAAAGUAAUUUUGUCGAGUUUUCAACUCAAAAACUUUUUUCAAAUUCGUGCCUGCGUGAUUAGCUCGCGGAAAGCAAACCAUCUUAACGUCGCAUCGAUGUUUACAUACUCUCAUGCAAACACGACCUUCGGCCAAUCAUAGCGCGCGUACCGUCUUGGUUAUUAGUCUCGCUUGCGUAAGCAGCGAGACUCAUAAUUUGCAACCCGUUAUUCGUCGUAUUUUGUACACAAAUGGGAGCUCAUAGUGUCAGGCGUUCCUUGCGGAGACCGUGGAAACUGCAUGGGACUAAGAAUCAUUGCGUCAUCGAAGCCACGCAUGUUUUGUGAAGAAAGCUUAGGAAACAUUAAAUUUAGAGCUUUUCCGAAACAUGUCGGUCCACGAAUUCUAACGCUUGGAAGCGUUGAUUACAUUGGAACAAGUGAACACUACAGAGUAGUCGAAAAAAAAUAAGAAUCUUAAUUAGCAAAACUAUGAUGGUCGGGUGUUGUAGACUUUCAUUGUAUGCGAAUGGGUCUUGUGAUGAGCAUGCGGUUUAUUUUCGGCGAUGAUUAAAUGACGUGCCGCGUAAAUCACUUUUUUGAUCUCUUGCAAUGAUGUAAUUUCUCUGGAAUCGAGGCCCUUGAAUUUUCGUGUAUUUAUACGCGCGUAUAGCCGGCGACAGCAGACGUAUUUCCGGUCGUCGGUAACACCCGUACUAAAUCAAUUCAGAAACAAAAAGUUUCGACGACGAUAAAGUAGGAAGUAAAAAACCUUCAGCGAGUAAAUUCUAUUUUGUGUAGAAUUAAUCGCCUCCCCAUUUCUCGAUCUAAUAUCCAAGGAAGCAAGACUGACGGCCGCUGUAACAGCGUCCUUGCUUUAUAAAAAUAUACUCGUCUCCUUCUAUCUCAGACUGAAAAAACAAAUAAAUCUCUACGACAUAUAUUAUUCGGAAAUAUAUUGCUCAAAGGAUAGAUAAUUGUAUUCGCGUGAAAAUUGCGGCCAAAGGCUGAAUUGCCCUAAGAUUUAUAAUACCUGUAUGUUGAAGGGAAGCAAGAAUAAGAACUACUGUAAAUCGAAAUAUAUAAAAGUGACUUAAACUAAACCUGUUUUCAGGCUUGCAUCAAUCUUUCGGUUUUGUCAUUUAUCGAUGCUCAAGGGGGAGAUAAAUCCCUCCUACCUGUCGUGUAUUACAUGAAGUAGUAAUCGAGAUACAUUUCGUGUGGACUUACAUCACGGGUAGGGGAUAAGGGAGCACAUUUUGGACUAGUUGUGUGUUUUCUUUCAUGCUAGUUUCAAUUGUAGUUUCACAACUAGCAAUCCCCUAAUUUAUGUAUUAAGAGGAUACAACACUACCAAAUUCAAAUAUCAACACUUAGGAGCUGUUUACACUAAGACGGAGGGAGAUGCUAGCACGACGAAGAUCCUAGAACGUGGACCAUCCUAUCGCCAUAUGUUUGUUGUAUUCGAUUUAAAUGAAAAGGGUUGUACUUAUCCCUAGCGCUGGGAUCUUCCUAGCUGAGAGAUCCUAGUACCAUGUAAAGUGCCUUUGUUAAGAAGAUCCUACUACCAGGGACAAACCAGACAAAAAUGGCGGCGAGCCGUUCAGUGGAUGAUCACGGCAAUAAAGGUCGACCAUUUCGUUUACCGUCACCAUCAGCUGAUUAUUGUGAUAAUUCUGCUGAAAGGUGGUUAUUACCGCCAGUAAAGAGAGCAAACGGACCGAAACUUCUGUAUGCAAACCCAACGAAAAGUUGUUCCGCCUUCUAGGAUGUUCCUCCCUCCAUGUAAACAGCCCCUCAAUGACCAAAGGCUACCUCGGACCAGACACUUGUUACAACUACAGCAUUAACAGCUGUGUUUUCUUUUCUUUGACAGGAUGUGGCUCUAUUAUUAACAAUACGCUAAAAAGUCCUUAUUAUCCGAUGGACUAUCCAGGCAGUAUUGACUGUGUUUACAGGGUUCCUGUUCCAGGAGGCAUGGCACUGAAAAUUUUCUUUCAAGACUUUUUUCUGGAGAAUCCCACUUCUUGGAGUAGAUGGUAAAUGCACAUAAACGCCAUCUUGAGUUUAAUAUAAAGUUCACACCGUCAAAGGUCUAUCUUUUUGCAUCUGAAAACAUCAAAGGGCUCCUUUCCCUCUCCAUUCAAAUUUAUUCCCUUAUUGUCUACUAAUUUAGAUAGUAGAUAGUAGAUAGUAGAUAGUAUUCUAUAUCUAUAUAUCUUGUCAUAUCAUAUCACAUGCAGGUUAAAUAUCAUAACUUACGUCAUUUCAUACAUGUAUAAGUGAUUCCAAAACAAUAGUGAUAAAAAAAAUUAAGGGGAUCUAUGAAUUAUAACAUGUAACAAUCCUUGCAGCUACGAUUAUCUGGAGAUUGCAAAUGAAAACAACGUGGCAAUUGGUAAAUACUGUGGCUGGCAUUCCGGUAAGAAUAUCAGUAUAGGAGGGAACGAAGCGAUACUGACUUUCCACUCUGAUAAUUAUAAUGAAGCGAAAGGAUUUCUUUUGUACUUCACACCUGUUCAACCUGGUAAGUGCAAGUAUAGAAUUCUUUAAAAUAUUAUGUUAUACGGGACAUAAAGUUUGGAAGAAAGCCGAAACUCUAAUUUAAAAUGAACAAUCAAAUGAUCUAAAGUAUCCAGGCUGUAUCUCUCGCCCUCAUAUGUAACAGACUUAUGCAUGCUAACUUGGCGUGAACCAUUUUACAAUAGAGUAGUUACUAUUUGUUGUUGUCGUUGUUGUUAUUGCUGUUCCUAUUGUUGUUAUACGGUUAUCUAUUUAUUUUUGCCUCUUCUAGCUCUUCCAAACAUAACUAUGCCAAUUCCAGGCACAGUUGUGCGAACAGUCGCAGGUCAUUGGUUACUACGAAUUUGUGAAGCAACAGGAACUCCUCCAGUAUACACAGCAAUAGUGUGGAACUCUACAGUUCUGUUUAAUGAGACCAACACCGUGGACGCCCGUUUGUAUGAAGAGGGAAGCUAUUACUGCGUAGCAACUAACAACUAUGGAACAGACACAAGAGUUAUUCCUGUGGUUAUCAUAGGUAAGAACUUUGGAGUUUUAUUCUGUGCCAUCAGAAUAAUUGUCAAUUUCCCCUGUGAUUUGAGUUGCUCUCUGUUUGGUAGAAACUCACAAAGUUCUUUGUAAUCGUGCGGUUCAGUUCAGUAUUUUAUCAAGUACAACGGAGUAUGUCUUUUCAGUUGUAUGACAACUUUGGCUGGAGUAGCUGUUGUUUACCACCCUACUACUUCUCAGUUACUGCCAAAUUUUUACCCCGUAUUACGUUUAACAAGAGAUCGAGGCAAACAAAGUCUAUCCUUUUGAUUAAUAAACUGAUAAAAGUUUAGGGAUCAGAUUAGGAAAUAUAUGAGUUAGUAAAGGUACUGACGUAGGCUAGGAAAAUUCACUAACCUUGGUUAGAGAUAGAAACUCUGGGCCAUCAAAUUAUCACUAUAAUAAUUAGUUAGUGCAAAUGUUAGCCUUUUUUGCAAGGUAGAAGUUUAGUAAAAGUAACUAAAGCGAGAGGAACAAGCUUAAAUUAAGGCGCAAAUAAGGACUUUGUGACAAGCCUAAGAGAGCGUGUUAGACUACUUGUGACGUAUGUCUGUCCGGCAGCCGGGGAUAAUAGUGAACAAAAGUCGAAAGCAAGUUUCUCGCUGGCUAUGAAUUUCCACAAAAUUUUGUGUGUUUCUUUGAUAUUACACCGAUUUACGUAUCUUCAACGACAUAUCACGAUAUGCAUUUAUUGUUCAUAAAAAAACAUUAACGAAAUAAUGUUCUAAUAUCAAUAUUUUCCGAUGUCAGAGACCACUCAGUUUUAGCUUCUUUCAAUUUUUAUUUACUUUAAGAGUCUGCUAAACACCUUUACAUGCCUUACUAGGUCGUCAUUUCCGAGUUCCCCAGGCCUCUUUAUCAAAACGAGGUUAAGUGCCCGGCCUUUGAUAUGAACGAUUUUCAUUCUAAUGCAAACAAAAUUUAUUUUCACAAGAAAGGUGGUGCACUUGGCCUCAUUUUGAAAGUGAGGGUUUUUGGAACUCGGAAAUGGCCUAUUUGCCAAGGACUUAAGCCAUCUUUUUUUUUUAAAACUUGCGUCUUGUUUGUUCUCAAUAAUGGUAUCUGUGUGUUUGUACUUGAUGCGACGACGAAAACGACUUCCACUUUAUUUAGCUUUUAACAUGGACAAGUUAGGAAAAAUGCGCCGACACUACUGGAAGGAAAGCCUUAAAAUGAGUAAAUUUUGCGAAGUUUUAAGGUGAUUUGUUGAAAACUAACAAGGAUAUAGCCCCUCAAAGUCGCGAAAUUUUACAGACGUUUGUGUGGUGGGGGUCGGACACAAACUUGCCCCACCCCACCAUACAAAUGUCUGCAAAUUUUCGCAGCUUUGCGGAGCUAUAAAGUAAAACCCCGCGACUAAGAACCUGGAUUUUAAGAACCCGUUAGGCUAAAAUUUGCCAGUUAAGCCCACACUAUAUAAGAACUUGUUUAGCCUAAAAUUUAAAACAGGUUCUUACUUGCAAAUAACUAUGGAAGAAUUCUUACCACUCCAACUGCAUUGUAACGCCCCGUGCAAACGGACGCAAUAUUGUUGGAUGUUACAUGUUGCGUCCGUUUGUACACCCUGUUACAUGUUGUUGGAUGUUGUUGCGUGUUGUUGGGCAAAGUUUGAAACCGGUCAAACUUUUCAGCCAACAACUCCCAACAUUUCUUUCGUUCCGUGAUCGCCGAAGCGUAGCGCAACAAUGUUGGAUCCAUUUGCACAGCUCUUCCAAUAUUGUUAGGACCACGCACGCUCAUUACGCAUGGUUAACAAAGACUUAUGGGUUGUAUCCUUCCCACGAUGCAGUGCAGGUCCCAACAUUGUUGGGAGUUGUUGCAUCCGUUUGCACGCCACUGCCACGCGCGCAACAACUCCUAACAUUGUUAGCGCAAUAAUGUUGGGAGUUGCUGCGUCAGAUUUUAUAGGAGGAACAAACUAAACCACUAAAUACUCUUAGCUAUAUUGUAUUUUUUUUUCUUCAGAAAAUAAAUCCUAUUCUGUUUAGGCUAACUUGGAAAAGUCCAGGUUCUAAAGUCGCCGAGUUUUAUUGUUAGCAGUAUCCUCUCUCGCUUAAGACUUAACACUUUCAAAUUCCAUAUCAAAAAUGGAAAAAAAAUCGUGGAAGAUGGAAACUGCUGGGAUUACUGAAUAUUAGUACUAAAGUUUCAAAGAGUGCUUUAGGUCGCUCCGUCGUAAUGACUGUAAUAUUGAUAUCCCAUUUGUGUUUUCUUUGAUAGGAUGUGGCUCGGUUAUCAAUAACACACUGAAAAGUCCCAAUUAUCCAAUGGACUACCCGGGCAAAAUGGACUGUAUUUACAAUGUGACAAUUCCGAAAAACAUGGCACUGAAAAUUUUCUUUGAAGAUUUCCUUCUACAGAAUCCUUCGGUGUAUAAUGAUGAAUGGUAAAUAACUAUAAGUUAUAUUUAUAAAGUUUUAUUUUGGUCUCAGAGACUGCGAAAAAUUGUUGUUGUUGGUCAAUCCAAGAAAAAUUAACAUGUACGCUUUAGAACUUCAUCGCUUCGCUCCCCCACUUUUAAUUUUUCCUGAAAACGUCGUGUCCUAAAAUCCUGGCCAAAAAAGUAGGAACAAUUUUUAGUUCUUUCAUUUGUAGUUCUUUAAUUUGGGAGCCAGAAAUCAAACACUUUUUAAAAAUUAUUGCACAGGUUUUAGGUUUUUCACAUUGUUCAGUAGGGAGUUGGGAAGAAAUCAUUCUAAGCUCGUAUAUAUAACAUGUAAAUAUUCGGUUUCUUGCAAUUCAUACACAAUCAAAAGGGAGAGACGAAAAGUGAUGUAAAUCCUAUUUGCAAGGAUUUUAGCUACCUUUUUGAUAAUGAGAGUUGAGUUUUUGAAAUAGACACCACUUAAAGUUAAAAUUUCAGAAGGGUAUCAACUGAAAAAGGAAAUACGCUGCUUGAAUAGCCUGCCUUUACUGGCCUGUAAAACAAGCCGUUUCUAACAAUUGUGAACGCUUUUUAAACAACAAAGGGUAGCUUACCGUAGAUGUCCUAUUAAACGCCCACGGCGUCUAUUUAAUUUUAGGGGUCCAAGCGGAGGCGUUCAAAAGAGAGACUGGGAGGCGUUUAUUCUCAUAACUGUAACAAGCUCAACAAAACUAAUAUGCUUUCAGCAAAAGUAUCAAGAGAGUUUAAAAGUAUCAGAAUGUCCACUCCAUCAAUUGAUACGUCAAGGCCGUCCAGAGAUUCAUAUCGCUCUUUUAAUCCCAACAUCGAUGUCAGAAUCCUCGCCGAGGGUUAUUGUGUUGCCAUCGUUAGUCUAUCCUUACUUUGAACUUGUCAUUGGACAAGAUGAAAUAAAACCGAAGUAAAGCCUUAUUUUUCAAGCAAGAAACUGAAUGAAUUGAAUGACUUUUCAUUUUCGCUAUUUCCUAAUAUUUUUUAGCAAUUUUCAAGGGGGACGUCCAUUAGACAGGGGGCGUGUAUUAAAGAGGGGCGUCUAAUUAACAAUUGUUGCUCGAGCCCGAUUGGGCUCUGAGUCAAUAGCCCGUGAGGCCGAAGGCCGAAUGGGCUAUUGACUCAGAGGCCAUGAGGGCGAGAGGAAUAAUUGUUUUAGUAAAAUUCAACUAGUUGGUAAAAAAUGUCGCGACAAAACAGCUUCAGCCAGUUAAAGCUAGACUUUAAUCCUUUUUUGCCGCCGAAAAGCCGGCGCUAUUCGCAACUAGUGGGCUAUAACAUAUAGCUUAGUAGUAGCUCAACCAAUCAGAACGUAGUAUUUAUAAUAGACCACUAGUUAGAUUUUACUAAUUAAUUUUAACAGCGUAAGGGAGGCGUUUAUUAGAUAAAGGCGUAUUUCGAACGUGGGAAUUUAUUAGGUCAUUUACGGUAUUUCAUUUUAAGUGUUUCUUUGUUUGUUUGUUUUUUUUUCCUUAAGCUACGACUAUCUGAAAAUUACGGAUGAGAACUCCAAUCAAAUUGGGAAGUACUGUGGUACACAGUUUACUGGAAGGGAAGUAUUUGUUGGUGGAAAGAAAGCUCUGUUAACAUAUCAUUCGGAUAGUUAUAUCCAGAGAAGAGGAUUUCUCCUGAAGUUUACUACAAUUCCGCCAAGUUAGUACGUUUGAAACCAUCAGGCAGUUAUCGUAGGGGAAUGUGCUUCGUCAAGAUCAUCAACAACAUUAACACAGGAACAACACUCUCGCAUAGUGAAUUAAAAGUAAAUGUCAAGCUGGUUAGCUCAGUUGGGAGAGCGCCGGUCUGCUGAGCGGGAGGUCACGGAAUCGAACCCCGGCCGCACCAACACUCAGGGUCUUUAAAUAACUGAGAAGAAAGUGCUGCCUUUGUAAUGACAUUUGCAAACGGUUAGACUUUCUAGUCUUCUCGGAUAAGGACGAAAACCGUAGGUCCCGUCUCACAGCACUUACACUUAUCUGGUUCUUGUGGGACGUAAAAGAACCCACACCACUGUUCGAAAAGAGUAGGGGACGUAGACUCCGGUGUUGUGGUCAACCUUCACACAUCAAAUCAUUCAAAUCAUGGGUUGGGUGGGUACAGUAACCUCACAAAUGGACUGAGAGUGGCUGCCAGUGGCGCCUUUGUUUGUCUUGUAUGCUGACGUCCGAGCUUACUGUUCACAUGUUAAGAAAAUGUAUUGUAAGAUGACACGUCUGUUGUCCUAUCAUCCACGAGACUUCAUUCAUUCAUUCAAAAUAAACAAGAGGUCCUCAAUGCGAUACCAUUAGUCGUAAAACAGCCUAAACAAAAUCUUUUCACUCAGAACAAGGUGGAAAACUCAUCUUGCCCAAUCGGGUAGCCAAUCAGGGCUCAACAUUCAUCUCAUCUUGUUCGCUCGAUAAGCAAGCCAUAUUGAUUAAUAAGUCACACUUUGGACUUUCCUUAGAAAAACUAGGAGAGGUGGCUGUCACGAAAACGAAGAUUCAAGGUUAGAGUCGGAGUCUGUCGUGUUUUCUUUCAGUUAGAAGACAAAACAAAGCAUGAGUUUAACUAGAAACUGAAUCCAUAAAAGUAGGGCCGAUGUUCUUUUAAUUCUUUAAUUCUGGCUGGUGAUAUCAAAAAUGCCAAAUUGAAUUUCCUGCACUUCUUUUGAACAAUUUGUUAUUUGGUUCAUUUUGAGUAUAAAAAACUUAAUGCAUUAACUCACUAUAAAACUAGCUUCUUAUUCACAAUUUUUUUUACAUAGCCUCUCCCAAAAUAAUUCUGCCAGACCGUGGUCCUGUUGUUGGCGCAUUUGCUGGCGCUGACUUUUGGAUAUCAGCGACUGGAACGCCACCCGUAUUCAUGACAUUGAUAAAGGACUCAACAAUACUUGAAAAAAAUAUGCAAACUAUAAAUCGUCGACUAUUUGUUGAAGGAAACUACAGUUGUCUAGCAGUUAACAAUUACGGAAAUCUCACGAAGGUUGACUUCCAAGUCGUCUUUUUUGGUAGGUAUUAGUUUUGACAUAUAAUUUAGUAUAUGCUGUCACUUUCUCUCUUCAAUUUAGUUUAAAAAAUAAUUAUUUUCGCUCUGUAUCCGCGAUUAUAAGAUAUUUAACAAUUAUUGAAUGAGGGUAAGUAGGAAGUGAAGAAUUAUAUCCAGUUCGUGGAUAACAGUCUCCGCGAGUUCAGUAUACUUCUUCCCAACAUACGAAAACUGAAUUCAAUAAUUGUUCUAUUGUUCAUUCAAUUUUGUUUCAAAAAUUUUUCAAAAAUUUUUCGGUUUUGGAAAAUAAACAAAUAUUUUCUCUUGUAGAGACUCCUCAAAAAAUAGAUAACAUCCCAUAAUUAUAUGUUUUGCUUAUUCUAGCAUUUCUUCCGUUCAGUAGUCACAAAUUUAGCUGAUUUGUCCUCGGAUAGCCUCGAGCGCCAGUUUUUUUUUAUUCACAUUGCCUAAAAGUAUCACCUCGAUGACAAACUGACUUUCGCGUAUUUAAACAAAUGAGACAAUACAAUUGAAGGGUUUUGUUUAUCGUUUGUUUCACGAUAGUCAGUUAUGGAUCUCCACGUUUCGACCGCGUACUGCAACUCUUCACCAGCGAAAGUAUCAACUUAGGGCCUGGAGGUGUGGGACCCCAGAUAGGUGAGGUAACAUGUGGCGGGUCACCCCACCUAACAUGUAAACAUGAUCAAAUUAAAAUGAGAUAUUAUCUCAACAGGCGGGUUAACCCACCUUAGCGAGUUACCUAGUCAGCUACCUGGGGUCACCCACCUCCAUGUAAAACAAGCCCUUACUGAGUGGUACUAAAAAAUACCAAUAUUACAUUAUUGCCAGUCAAAAAAUUGGUUUAUCUCGAAACUCACCCAUUUAGUGGAGGAAGAAACUGUUCCCUCAGGGGUCCCUUGUGNCUUAGCGAGUUACCUAGUCAGCUACCUGGGGUCACCCACCUCCAUGUAAAACAAGCCCUUACUGAGUGGUACUAAAAAAUACCAAUAUUACAUUAUUGCCAGUCAAAAAAUUGGUUUAUCUCGAAACUCACCCAUUUAGUGGAGGAAGAAACUGUUCCCUCAGGGGUCCCUUGUGGUACCGACCGGCUGUUUUGUACUCUAAUCUUAGGCAUCCACGCUUUCGGAAUCUCUAUUCCACUGUCCCUAUUGUGUUGUAAGAGCCAAGUCUUAUGUGAAUGGCCUCUUUAACCCUACGAAAGUGCCAGUGAAGGUCUCGGUCAGUAAACUUUACCCCGUCUCAAAGGGGACAAUGACCAGUCUUAUUGGCUGUUCAGAGACGGUUGACUUUUUAAUUCGGGAAAGCCGUAUAUCCCUUUCAUUCACUGUUAAUAAUCCAUUUAUCAAUGCAUCCGUUUACCCCAUGUACAUUUAUUACUUUUUGCACUUAGAUUGCAGGCCAAAUUGUGCUCUGUCAUGGUCCAGUGAUUCAAGGAAUGAAUUUCGCUGCAAGAAUAUAACAUCACUUACGCAUAUUCUUGAGAAAUGUGCUCCCACGAUCACUGAAAGAAUGUAAGCAAGUUUUUGUUCAAAACCACACAGUAAUUUUUUACGACUUAUUUCGAGAUCCCGAGUUUGAUUUUCAGGUGUGACCUAAAAUCCUUGUUUGGACUUCUGUCCCUUUCCGGGUAGCUUUGAGUAGCCUUGAAUACCCUUAAAACGGAGAAAGGAAGCAGGAGACCGUUGAUUAAAAUGACCUUGCCAUCGACCACGGGUUGCUAGUGAGAUGAUGACUGCUACGAGUCACCAGCGAAUUUAAUAAAGAUCAUUUACGUUUAAUUUUCCUCACGUUUAACUUGAUUUCUAUAAUGUUUGACAGGUAUUUACCUUCGCACGCUAUUCCAGCACUGCAGGGCAAUGACUUUACUAGAUUAAGAUUUCUUAAAUAUCUGUAAGUAGAGAAUCGUAGAGGAUUCCUGUUUAAGUUACCACAUUAUAUUUAGCAAUUAUUGAAUGAGGCAGAGUAGGAUUUGAAGAAUUCUAACUAAGGGAAAGUUCAACGAAAAAAAAAAGAAGAAUAAUGAACAAAAAGUGCCGUGUUUUGGUUCGAGUUUUUCUCCAAACGUUUCGGGCCUGGCCCUUUAUCAGUUACAAAGUACGUUGGAAACGCCUCAAUGUUUGCAUACGCCGUGAAAGAAAAAAAAACUUUGUGGUGCUCGCGUUCUGCACGCGGCCUAGAGGAUAUGGAAGUCGGAGUUUAAGCCGCGUGGAUGACUGGUGCUAAGCUGAAAAAUAAGGCGCAUCUCCAGGCGCUUCCGUUGCACGUUUUCUCAGCAGAGCAUAAUUCCGCAAGAUAGGGCGCCGUAGAUCGAGUGACCAGCAUGUUAGUUAAAAUGUUUCGCGACAGGGAAACCAGGCAAGUUCUUUUCUUUUCUUCGAAGGUGCUCGUCAAAAUGUUGUCUUAGUGUACGCCCUGUUUCGCCAAAUUAUUAUUCCUUCGACCCAGAUCUUGGCGAGGGUCUUUCUCCAUUUACCUCCUUUCAUUUCCCAGAUUCUGGACUUUAUCUGUCGAAUGGUUUUGAUGUUUAUUUUGAUCUAUUUUGGAUGGCGUGACACUGAAAACCAGCAAUAUGCUCAACAAUAGCUGGUUAUGAUGAAUUAUGCGAUUGAAUUUAGCCAAUCAGAAACGGAGAAAUAUUUUGAAUAAAUAAUAAUAAAAUAUAUUAAUGGUAGUUUAAGUAGAAACCUAUGGAACCACGCCUCUCUUCGGGUAGCUGACCCUAAGAGAUGACGAUUUCUUUCCAUAAAUAAUUUAGUACCUCUAUAAUCGGAAUAUUUGCUAAUUUCGUCCUCUUGAUGUCCAUAGGAGAGGUUAGUGUAUAAUGGCAACGAAAAUAAUUUCAGAAAGAGCGCUUUAAUUAAAAAUCAUCUCAUAAAAGCUUGUUUUAAAAGGUCAAGAUAUUAGCCCAUUCCUAGGGCCUGGGGAUAGAAUGAGGUAGAAGUCUUUUUGAUGGACAGUGCCUUUCUUCUUACUAUUAUUAUUAUUAUUUAUUAUUAUCAUCAUUAUCAUUAUCAUCAUCGUUAUCAUUAUUAUUAUCAUCAUAUUAAUUAAGUUUAUACCAUAAUACAACAUACUGGCCGAACCCAUUCCUAGGGGCCUAGCCAGGGUUAUAAUGAGGAAGAAGUCUGUUUGAUGCAGACAGCCUUUCUUCUUCCUCUUCUUCUUCUACUUCUUGUUGUUAUUAUUGUUAUUAUUAUCAUUAUUAUUAUUAUUAUUAUUAUUAUUAUUGAGAAAUAAUUACUAAUGCUCUUUUAUUUGUUUCAGAGACUUGUCUUCAAAUGCCAUUGAACAUCAUCAUCAUCAUUAUCAUUAUUUUUAUUAUAAACAUCACGAGAAAUAAUUACCAAUACUGGUUUAUUUGUUUCAGAGACUUGUCUUCAAACGCCAUUGAACAUUUACCGGAAGUUGUGUUCUCAACACUGGAAAGACUUGAAGAUCUGUAA